AUGGAUGCUAAACUAGCACUGAACCUGGAAGAGUUGGAAUCCCUCUUCACUACAAAGAUGGCUGCUUAUGAAGCAAAGUUGGCAUCCGCUACCGCUGGCUCCUCCUCCUCUGCUGCUUCAACACCAGUUGCAAGUCUAACCUCACUCUCGCAAGAAUUUAGUGACUUCAAAAGCUUUGUUAUGCAAGCUCUUUCAAAGUUCAAAACUCAAUUGGAGUUACUUUCAAAAGGUUUUGACAGGCAUGAAACUAUUAUGCGGCGCAAGGUGCUUUUAAUCCAUGGAGUCCCUGAAGCUAAAGAUGAGAAGGUCCCUGAUGUUGUCUCUCAAGUAUUCCAUGACAGCUUGAAGUUGAACGAGCUCUCCAGGGAGAACAUCCAUGUGUGCCACCGGUUAGGAUCAGGCAAGCGUUCCAGGCCAAUACUUGUCAGGUUUUUCACCACCGAGCAUCGCCAACUUGUUUGGGAUGCCAAGAAAUCACUUAAAGGUACCGGUUACACUAUAUCUGAAUUCUUGACUCGUAUGCGACACCAAACCUUCGUUGCCGCACGCAAACAUUUUGGAAUGUCUAAUUGCUGGUCGAGUGAGGGCAAGAUAUUAAUCAUCACUCCUGACAAGUCUCGUCACAAAUUAGAAAGCAUGGAUGAACUUCAAAAACUUCUUUCUAAAUAUCCCCUGAGCAACGAUGUCCUUGCGCAGCCGGCAGUUCCAACUUCGCCUCAGCCUGCUCCAUUGUCUUCCGAGCCCGCUACACCCGUCAACAAGCUCCAAAGAAGGUUAAAGCGUCGCAAUUAA